UCAUUGUCAUUCUUGUCACAUCAGUCAAAACUAAAGUUAAAGCGCAUCGUUUGCCUGUUGUUGUUAGUUGUUACAGAUUCGCGCUGUAUUAUUAAUAAUAGACACCGGCCUGUAGAAGAUGUGCCGUCUCGAUGCCGAUGACUAGCAUCAACGUUGCGGAAUGGACCGUGGAGCAGGUUGCGGACUGGCUGUCGGGGCUGGGCCCGACCGUGGCGCGCUACGUGCCGGCGCUGCGGGAGCGCGGCCUGGACGGCGCCAAGCUGCUCACGCUGCGCUGCGACGACCUCGAGUACCUCGGGGUGCACGUCAUCGGCCACCAGGAACUGCUGCUGGAGGCCGUCGAGCAUCUCCGGAACUUUCAAUACGAGGUAUCCCGUGAGUGCGUGCAGCAACUAGCGCUGCGCGUGUCAGUGGUGGCCACCACCGUGGUGCGCACCCUGGCUGCGCACUGCGAUGCGCGCCUCGAGACACAGACACUGGCUGACGUCGCCACUACUGUACACGCAGUCAAACCACUCGUCUGCUGGCUCGAUAGAUGGUCCCUGUGCGGCAGUGGUCUGUCGGAGCGCAAGGCGGCGCUGCUGAAGUUGUCGCUGGAGGCGGCGACGUGCGCCCAGCGCGACCGCUUCGCCGAGCAUCCCGCGCGGGCCGUCGCCGCCGCCGCCGCCGCCACCGCCGCCACCGCCGACUAUAUCAUACAGGAUGUAUCAGAUCCAAUGAUCCUGCAGCCUGCGUCAGUAGACACGGUGACAUUACGGCAGGGUGGUAAGCCCCUGGGUUUCGACGUGGUGCCUUCAUUUUGUGGGCACCACCAGUUGGCUGAUAUACGGUUUGGGUCGCCGGCACACGCGUCCGGAGCCGUGCACAAUGGUGACGAGAUAGUCCAGGUGGGGUCGCAGUGUGUGAUCGGGUGGAGCGGCGCGGGCGUGGUGCGCGCCUGCGUGGCGGCGGGGCCCGAGCUCACGCUGCGGCUGCGGCGCCGGGCCGCGGGCGGCGCGCUGCAGGCCACGCUGGGCCCCGCGCUGCGGCCCCGCCUGCUGCGGCCCGCGCCCCAGCCGCCGGCCCCGGCGCCCGCGCCGUCCGAGUCGGACGAGAGCGAGGCGCUGUCCCCGCCCGCGUCGCCCACGCAGCUGCAGCCCGACCACACCAGGAUGUAUCCUCCUAAACCGAGAGCUGCUGUUCAGAGGCGGCAUACGAUAAGUGGCGACAGUUCUUUAUACAAACGACCGAGCCACACCAUCGAACAGUUCUGGCAAGAGCUGAAGCAACAGAGGUGGGGUCGCGAAGGAGGCAGUAUCAGUAUGUCACCUGCACCGGACGAGGCCGCACUGUACGCGCGGGACAAGGCGGUGUCGUGUAGUACAGGGCUGGAGCUGUCCCCCCGGCCCCGCACGUGUCUGGGGGUAGUACUGGACCGGGCGCGGCCCCCGCCCGUACCCUCGGGGCCUGGCUUGGCGCCCCAGGGGCCCAGCGUGGCGCCCUCUGGCCCGCAGCCUGGCGACGAGCCCGCGGCGUCAGACCGCAAUCGCGGUAAGCUAGACAAGAGUCACUCGACUCCUGCCUACGACUUCGAUGCGAGUCUGGACGAGCCAGGCCCCCUCGCCGCACAGACUAUACCGGAAUCCCCCACUACACCCACGGACAGUCCACUGGCGCUACACUUGACGGACAAAGCAGACCGUAUCCUUGACUUCAAGAAGUCAAGUUCUCAAAUCGGCGAGGCGAUACAGCGUGGAAGACGCAGUAAUGCUGAUGAAAAAUCCGUGCCAACGGAACCGGAGUCACACGCCGACGACGAUAUGUUUGCGGGCGAACGAGACGAGAGCACCACGGAGCGGAUACUGGAGACCAUCAACAUCGCCAUGAUGGAGCACCGCCGCCGGACCGAGCGCGCCGACACUGACGGCGAUACCUACAGGCCCCAACCGGCGCCCCGGCCCGCGCCCCCGCCCCGGCCAGGCGGGCUGGUGGCGGGGGGCGCGGGGGCGCGUGCAGUGUCGGGGCGCGCCCCCCAGUUCCCCGUGCUGCGCGCCGUGCCGCGGCCGGAGGAGCCGCCCACGUCGCCGCUCAAGCCGGUCCGGCCCGGGGACGGCACGCAUAUAUCAGUUCCUCUUCGUCAUAUAACGAAGCACGACAUUCGAGUGAUACCGAGCGAGCGACACGAGAUGCCAGCCAUCAACAGUCCCGUCAGCGAGCCCCCGGCGAUGGGUCUGGGCAGUCCGGGUGCGGGGUCCGUCGGGUCCCUGCGGCGGCACUCGCCCGGGCCCCCGGGCACCGGUACCGGGGACAUCGUGAUCGGGGCCCACGUCAACACGGACUCCUCGUCCGGGAAAGGUCACGCCUUGUCGCCGACCAGCGCGGUCCGCGGCAUCUUCCCCAACUCCAAGUCCAGGAGCUUGAAGAAGAAGAGUUCUAUUCUGGCCAAGCGUCGCGCGGUCCCUGCGCGUGCGCUGGCGCAGCGCGCCGCCGUCGGCGCCGUGUGGCAGCGGGUGCGGGUGGGGGGGGCGCCGGUCCGCUGGGCGCGGCGCCAACUACUGCUGGCGCACGCGGUGCUGUACGUGUACCGCAGCCUGUCGUGCGCGCGCGCCGCGUGCAUGGUGCACGUGGCGGGCUGCGCGGUCAGCGCGGCGCCCGAGGUCAAGUCGCGCGCGCACGCCUUCAAGGUGUACCACACGGGCACGGCCUUCUACUUCGCCACCGACACGCGCGACGCGCAGCUCGCCUGGAUCCAGCUCAUCCACCGCGCCACGCUGCUGCCCUCGCUCGCCUCCAACAUGGACGUGUCGAAGCAGUUCUCCGAGACCGACUACUCGGAGACGGAGUCGGACACGGAGAGUCCACAGACGGAGACUCGGGAGCGCGACAAGGACAAGGACAAGGACAAGUCCAAGUUCGGGUCGCUGAAGAAGCUGACGCACCGCAUGCAGCGCGGCGACACGCAGGACGCCGCGCCGCACUCCUCCACGUCGCUCGACCGCAAGUACCUGCGCUUCUUCUACAGGAACAAGCCCAAGGACGACGCCAAGCCCAAGAACAAACAAUCCGGAGUCCCGGUGCCUACGGACCACUACCGCAGCUACAGACGUGUAGCGAGCCCUGCGGGCCCCGGCUCGGACGGCGCCAGCGACGCGGGCGGGGCGCCGGGCGGGGCGCCGGGCGGGGGCCCGGGCAAGCUGGCGCCCCCCGUGGCCCCGCGGCUGCCGAAGCCCAUCAACUACAUCCACGCGUCCAACCCCAACCUGCUGGACUUCGACAACAGCGACUUCGUCACCAAGCCCACGCUGCACGUGCCCAAACCUAAGGCCAAAGUGGAGGGGGUGGGGCUGGUGACCCUGGAGCAGUUCAUGCUGGACAAGCAGGCCGAGGAGCGCCGCGACACCUACAGCGGACGCCUGCUGCGGGCCGACGCCGCCCGCGCCAGGGACCUCAGGGCCCGCCUGCAGCAUGUCGUGCCGGACGUGAUCUACGGCGAGCUAUGUGCCGGGGACAGUACGGCGCGCUCGCCCGGACGGAACGUACACGGCUAUGAAAAAAUCGUGUACCGAGACGAGGCUACCAGCAGUAGCUCGACACAGAGCGGCGCAGGCGCUAGUCUCACGCAGUCUGGACAUAGCACUACCUCGGUAUUGUCGGGACAUAGUGGGCAGGGCGGACAAGGCGGGCAAGGGGGCCCGGCCGGGCCGGGCGGGCAGGCCGUGACAGCGGGCGGGUGUCGGCGGCGGCGUCGUCCCGGAGCGCGCGCGGCGCGGGCCGCCCGCCGAGCGCUGGCGGGACUCACUGCGCAGGAACGACAAGGUGCACUGGAGUCGUGCCGAGCCCAAACCCGCGCCGCUAGACAGACGGUACCCCCACCUGCAGUGUCCCCCCACGUUCGAGGCGGAGACAUACUCCCUGCUGCGGCCGCCGCACCACUAGUACUGCUGGACUACUGGACCACUGCGGGACUACUGGACCACUGCCGCACUACCAAUGGAGGGACAUUGCAACAACUAUAUGAGGAGGGGGCAGGUGAGCUCAGCUCGCCUGCAGUAAUAGUUUUUGAGAGCCCUAGUGGCUCUGGUGCCCGUGGGGAAUCCCCCAUACGAGCGCCAAGUCGGAGGACGUCGGACUCGGAGUCUGACGCCCCACCCGUAUCCGACGCGAGCAUUAGGUCAAAGCGCCUAACGCGAGCGUCAUUUAAGCGUCCCAGACUAGAGGAGGACCAGGAGGGACUGGCGUUGUCCUUCAACACGCAGGAGGCCCCAGCCCCAAAAAUAUCCACGGCCGCGAGGGGCAAGGGCAAGGGCAAGGGCUGCAAGAGGUCAGCAGCCACUGCCCGCACCGAGCCAGCCAACCGACUGUCAGAUUCCUCCAUAGUGGAUGUGACUGCUGCCGAUGGCUUAGAGGCUGAGCACGAUUCCGUUGGUCUCCGCCAAACCAUCAAGGAGGAGCUCCGCAGGCUGGCUGGUAAGAAAUCCCAGCCUGCCAGAAAUGAGCAAAUGAAGUCGGCGGAGACCACCAUAAUGUCAGCGGUCUUUAAACGGUGUGGGCUGCCCUCAGCCGAAAAAGUGCAUAGCGAGCUGGUCAUAAUGCGGCGAGAACUGGCGCGGCUGUCAGCCUCUAAUGCGGCUCUGGAGGCCGAGCUUCAGGCAACCAAAGCUGAGCUAGCCGCUUCACGUGGAAGCCGACCCCAGCCCAUGCCGGAGUCUGACAUGCUCGGACUGAUGCGGCGGGAGAUGGCUGCUUUCCGGCAGCGUUUUGACGUGCUGGAAAGUAAGGUCCUGCGUCCACCUCUAGCAGCGAGUCAGACGGCCUCGCGCUCAUAUGCGGCUGUUGCGGCCAAGCCUUCUGGUGAGACUGGCCGCGGCACUCAACCGACGGCGAGGGCAAGAGCGGCUCCUCCUGCGAGGGCCCCGGUGCCUCCACCAGUGCAGGUGGAGCCUCCACCGAAUGCGCCAACAGGGCGCAGAAAUAAAAGAAAAGGGGGAGUAACGGCUCAGCAGGCCGUUAGCCCGGCCACAGUUACGCCUACCCAGCCGGCAAGAGAUCUCGGUGGUGGCGAGUGGCAACCCGAUGCUGUCCAAAGGGGCGUGACAUAUGGCGACGUCCUCGCCAAAUUAAAGGGGGCGGUGACUCCUGCGGAGUUCGGGGCACCUGACGGGUUUGCAAUCAAGGCAACUGCGACUGGAGCCCGUCUACUGGAGGUCCCCGGCGCGACUAGUGGUCCGUCCGCAGACGCCCUAGCUGAAAGGCUCCGGGCGUGUCUUGGUGCGGACGAGGUUCGCGUGUCCAGGCCCACAAAAUGCUUGGAUCUGCGAAUAAUGGGCCUGGAUGACUCCGUAACGGAACAAGAGGUGGUGGCCGCUUUGAGGGAACGUAGUUUACAUACGCGGCCCGCGUUAUCGUAUUACGUUUAUUCGCUCACGACUGCCGCCCGCCGCCCGUCGCCCGUCGCUACCGCCCGUCGCCCGUCGCUACCGCCCGUCGCCCGUCGCUACCGCCCGUCGCCCGUCGCUACCGCCCGUCGCCCGUCGCUACCGCCCGUCGCCCGUCGCUACCGCCCGUCGCCCGCCGCCCGCCAACACUCUGACGCAGCACCUCAGGGCUUCGGUUCCGCAAACAAUUCCGUAUUCCUGGCGGCAGCAGUAGAUACAUCAGCGGAUGGUCGGUCACGCGGUAAUGCUAACAACUGCCGGCGUCACGACGACGCUCCAAUAUGCUAA